AUGCACGCGUACAUCCAGCCCGCAUGCCCUUGGUUGUCAGAGCAUAUCAAAACGUACAUCCUGCGGCAUGUCCCCGAGACGGAAUUCAUCGACGACUUCGAUGACUUCCCAACCCACUCUUCAACAAUCUUCCAGUUCUGUGAUGGCUGGGCUCUGAACCGGAACUUCGCCGUCAUGAAUUAUGCAAAGAAGGCUCUCAUCAACGCUUAUCCCAAUAGCGAUGCUCUGGCCCGAAAGGACUAUCUCGCGCGGGUUGUAGAGUUCUGGACGGCGAAGAGACCAAACAGCAUCCUCAGGAGCCACGUGCCUCUUACGGUCCGCCUAUCUCUCGACUACGCCGAAUAUGUUGAUGAAGCAUUGACAGCGGCAGACGACCUUUCAUUGCUCUACUCGCUUGAAGAGAACGAGGACAAGCCCCGACAGGAGCGCGAAUGGUGGAUCAUGAAGCCCGCAUUGGUUGACUGCGGAGCUGGAAUCCGGCUCUUCAGCACCAUGGAAGAGCUCGCUAGCCACCUCGAGCUCGCUGAGUAUGAGACUGACGAAGAUGACGAGGACGAAAUGAGCGAGAAAUGCCAGGAACCAAUUGCAAAAUCUGCUUCGGACUUGGAGCAGGGCAAUCCUGUUGAAUUCUCGCCAUCUUUAUCAACCCCGGGCCUAGACUCUUUGGAUGCCUUGGUCACUACCAUUGGAGCCAUUUCCACCAAGUCGACUUCGGACGGCGUCCAACGAAACCCAAAGCCGCAAUAUGUUUUCAAGGAAAACGGACGUAUUCCUUCGGCCCAGAUGCGUGAGUUUGUGGCCCAAAGAUACAUCGUCUCUAUUCCGCCAGUGGAGAACAGAAAAUGGCAUGUCCGGGCAUAUGUCCUUUCCAUGGGACGUCUCACGGUCUACGUGUUCAAAGAAAUGCUGGCUCUACUUGCUGGAGAGGAUUACGAGCCACCCUGGAUGAACCCCAGUCUCAAGUCGUCCUUGACCAACACGGCUCUGCAGGAUGAAGAGGUGUUCACGGAGAAAGAAUCGAUGAGGGACUUUUGGGCAAUGCCCGACGACUUGCUUCCAGGAAACUGGAAAGACCAUGUCUUUGGCCAGAUCUGUAGCAUUUCUGCCGAAUUAUUCCGCGCCGCUGCCCAUACCAUGGCCGACAAGUUCACAACUGUGGACAAAUGCUUCGAGCUGUUCGCCGUGGACUUUCUCAUUGAUACAAAUGGUAUUGCAUGGCUACUAGAAGUCAAUGAGACGCCGGGUUUUUACGAUGUGGGAAUUGCUGGACCCAUGGCAUUGCGCCUCAUGGACUCGGUUGUGUGCGUGGCUAUGGAGCACAUGGGCAAGGCUCGGCUUGACAACGAGCGAAAUAUUGCUGCAAAGACGCGAUUGAUCUCCGUCUUGGAUGAGACGGAUAAACUAGCCAAGAGCAACAUUACCGAGAUCUUGCCAGAGAGAUGUCCACGAUGA